ACUACAUAAUUCCCUCUAUAAUUAGUGACUUGUAACCUCUUCUUCCCUUCCCCUUCCCCUCCCCUAGCAUUCCCCAUCUAUCCUCUCCUCGCUUUCCCAACUGCUCCCUGAUCUGCUAGUUCAUCGAUCCUAGAUAAAAUUCUCUUGUAGACAAUCAAGCAGAAAUCUCCGCAGCUUGAAUCUUGAAUUCAAGCUGGCUCCUAGCUAGCUAGAACCGCAUGCCAUCUCGAUCGGCUAAUUAUUCCUAGCUUCUGGUUAAUUAGCUACCAUAACAGUGCUCUCAGAUCUCGAUAUAUCCUUCUUUGUAGAUGGUAAGUACAUGGGAGAUCGAAGAAUUCAUUAGUUUCUUGCCAUUUUUUCCCCAGCUAGAUAGUACAAACCAUCUACAGUUGCAUCUCUGCUCGAUCGAUCCUUCACUGAAAUAUUCCUUGUACUAGAUCACUGGCCAGCUUCUCUUUCUCUCCAUUCCCUCCCUUGGAUCCAUGUUGUUCCCAAAGUUCUAAUGGAAUUUGGCUUAGCUAGGUAGCAGUAUAUAGCUAGCAGCGGCAGCUUGGGAUGAGAGUAUGAGACCACGUGUGGCGCCUCCGAGCAACAAGUGCACAGCCCUCUAUAUAUGCCUUGUACAAGCACCAAAUCCGUGCCUCAAACCGCUCAAAGUGUACUAGCUCUGCGUCUCCGCUGUUUUCUAAUCGCGUCUCUGCACUGCUUGCGCCGCGCUGGUGCCACCACUACAUGAUGCAGUUCACGCACACCGCGCCACCUCCACCGCCUCUGCACCCUAAUGGGCAUGGACUAGGGUUAGGGUUGUACCUUGACGUCGGCGCGACGAGGGGAGGAGGAGGAGCGCGGCCGUGGUCGUCGUCGUCGUCGACGACGACGUUGGGUGGGAGCGGCUACUUCCCGUCGUCGGCGGCGGCGUCGAAGAUCUCGUUGGGGAACCUCAACAGCACGGGCUGCAUGGAGCAGCUGCUGGUGCACUGCGCCAACGCCAUCGAGGCCAACGACGCCACGCUGACGCAGCAGAUCCUGUGGGUGCUCAACAACAUCGCGCCGGCGGACGGGGACUCCAACCAGCGGCUCACAGCGGCGUUCCUGUGCGCGCUCGUGUCGCGGGCGUCCAGGACCGGGGCGUGCAAGGCGGUGACCGCGGCGGUAGCGGACGCCGUCGAGUCGGCGGCGCUCCACGUGCACCGGUUCACGGCCGUCGAGCUCGCCAGCUUCAUCGACCUCACGCCGUGGCACCGGUUCGGGUACACGGCGGCCAACGCCGCCAUCGUCGAGGCCGUCGAGGGGUUCCCCGUCGUGCACAUCGUCGACCUCAGCACGACGCACUGCAUGCAGAUCCCGACGCUCAUCGACAUGCUCGCCGGCCGCGCCGAGGGGCCCCCGAUCCUCCGCCUCACCGUCGCCGACGUCGCGCCCAGCGCGCCGCCGCCGGCGCUCGACAUGCCCUACGAGGAGCUGGGCGCGAAGCUGGUCAACUUCGCGCGGUCCCGCAACAUGUCCAUGGACUUCCGGGUGGUGCCCACCUCGCCGGCCGACGCGCUCACGUCCCUCGUCGACCAGCUCCGGGUGCAGCAGCUCGUCUCCGACGGCGGCGAGGCGCUGGUCGUGAACUGCCACAUGCUCCUCCACACCGUCCCGGACGAGACGGCCGGCUCGGUCAGCCUGACGACGGCGCAGCCGCCGGUGUCCCUCCGUACCAUGCUCCUCAAAUCUCUCCGGGCGCUCGACCCGACGCUGGUGGUGGUGGUGGACGAGGACGCCGACUUCACCGCGGGCGACGUGGUGGGGCGGCUGCGUGCGGCGUUCAACUUCCUGUGGAUCCCGUACGACGCCGUGGACACGUUCCUCCCCAAGGGGAGCGAGCAGCGGCGGUGGUAUGAGGCGGAGGUGGGGUGGAAGGUGGAGAACGUGCUGGCGCAGGAAGGGGUGGAGAGGGUGGAGCGGCAGGAGGACAGGACGAGGUGGGGCCAGCGGAUGCGCGCCGCCGGGUUCCGCGCGGCGGCGUUCGGCGAGGAGGCCGCCGGCGAGGUGAAGGCGAUGCUGAACGACCACGCGGCCGGGUGGGGGAUGAAGCGGGAGGACGACGACCUCGUGCUCACGUGGAAGGGGCACAACGUCGUGUUCGCCUCGGCAUGGGCGCCGUCCUGAUCAGCUCGGGACGCCGCGCGCGUGGACGGCAUGCCGCAUGUGUACGGCCGGCGACAAGUUGUGCUAUUAGAUAUCUUCUAUGAGCUUCAUCGGCAGCCACAGAAAGAAAAAAAAAACUUCUCGUACGGGUAUUUGAUCAGUACGUACGUCUCACUUCCAAGAGUGCAUCAAGAAACAGAUACAUAUAAGUGUUUCUCUUUCAAGAUUUACAAAGUUUCCUGUAAACUAAACGAUUUUUUUUUUCGGUUUGCUACUGUGUAAUUGAUACUCUAUGAACAACCAGCCGGACAAAGGGUGUAUGUUAUAGUUGAUGUAUGGUGUGUGUUGAACUACCAAAAUUAAUCCAAGAUACGAUAAUGUGGAAAAA